UCAAUAAAAUGGAUCAGUUCAUACAUGAAGACGAAAGGGGAAAAACCUUCAAUGAUAAGGGGGAUGAAGUGACGGUUCUACAGAUGGAGGUGGAUGAUCCAGAUUAUCCCAUUACGAAGCCCCCAGAAAAACCUCACAAAACUGCUAAAGAAAGGGUAAAGAAGGAGGAGCCCACAAGAGAAGAUGAGCCUAUUGUAAGUAAGAGAACAUAUCGAACUUAUAGAAGUGCAGAGAUGGACCGCUUCUUUUCUCUCGUACAUGAUAAGGGCUUGUCCGUUCGUGCAGCUGCUAGACAGCUAAAAAUGCCUGCUAGUACAGCCGACUACUGGUACAAAAAAAGUCUUGAGAAUCCAGAUGAGCUUGUUUGCAAAAGAAACGAGGGUGGUGGAAGGCCUGUGGGCAGACCUCCUGUAUUAAUAGACGCCCACCGCAAUUUUUUCAUUGACUUGGUUGACAAGGAUGACACAGGAAUGAGCCUUGAUCAAAUGAUGGACACUUUGACCAAGCGAUUUGAUGGGCUUGAGAUUAAAAAGUCUGCCUUCCAUAUCUUUGUGAAGGAAAAGUGUCGAAUAAGCUGUAAAAAGUUUUAUUACUACCCUGAAGAUCGAAACUGCCUUGGUAAGAUUGAAGAGAGAUGAAAUUGGGUCAAAGAUCUUUUAGAUAAUACUGAAAUUGAUUAUCAGUCCAAUUGUGUCUUCAUUGACGAAGCAGCAUUUCACAUCAAUCUGAAACACUGCUUUUCUUGGUCUAAAGUUGGUACUCGCGCUGUUGUGAAGACACCAAAAACCAAGCCCAAGAUGACGACAAUAUUAGGGGCUAUCUCUCCCUAUGGAGUUGUAAACGGUAAAGGUUAGAAUACCUAAAGUAGCAACAGCCACCUCUAAAAAAGAAAGCUUGAAAAUGAUAGAGAAGAAAAGAAGAAAAGCACUGUUGGCAUUGUUACAGGACAUUAUUUUAACUUCGUCGCUAGUACUGUUGAUAUUUUAGGCCAAUAUGAGGAAUUCAAAGGAUGUUAUUUGGUUAUGGAUAACGUCCCAAUUCACAAAAAAUGUAGAUAUAAAAAAUUAUAUCGAAAGCCGUGGUUACUUUUGUGUGUAC